GAGUUCAUGUUUGAUUCAUUCAUUUGUAUCUAUUCGGAUUGUAUGUAGAUUUUAGAGUAGUUAUUUAGUUUUAUUAAUACUAAAUAAUAUUAAUAAUGAAAAUUCCAUGACUUUGGUUGAAAAAUGUAUGAUUACACUAAUAUGAAUUGUAAUUAUUAAAUGUGCAAAUCAUUAUUACAAAUAAAAUGUAAGACACAUACACAUAUUAGGUAUUGUCUUUAUUUAUACUUAGAUUCUUAAAAAAUGCAAUGGCAAAGUAAUUAUGCAGAUCGAUGAACACUUGUUGGACAUCAUCAAUGCUCAUCUUACCAUUAAGCCUUAAUAAUAGUAAACUGAGGUACCAUACUCAGUUAAGAAACAACACAAUUUCUAACGUAGGAUUGUGCCAUUCUUCAUGAACCAAUUCAUGCAUUGGGCUGAAGUAAUGGGAUAUAAAUAAGUUGAUGGCUAUUUGAGAGCUAUCCACAAGAAAAAGACCUCCAAGCAACAAAAGUUCGAAUUAGGAGACCUAAAAAAACUAUUCGGAGCCAUCAAUCCUAGAACAAAGAUCAUUCAGUUGGAAACAUAACACAAGUGGAUAGAAUUUUUAGGAACAUAAGCAGAAAUUUGUGUGCUUAUCAAUAACAAGAUUAAAGAUCAAACUACAAAAUAGAUGUACAUCUAAGCUAUUGAGCAACUGAAAGAAUAGUUGCACAAAGAAUAACCAUAUGAUAAAUUCCUUAGUCUCUCAAAAAAAGACGAAGUAAAAGAGGAGUCUAUUAAAGAAGAAUAUUUAAGUUCUGAAGUUCCCACAGAUGAAUAUGCACCAACUUAUUAUUAAGAUCCAUAUACCUAUCUAAGUUGUGCUUACAAUAACGAAUUCUGAUUUUAUUCUCAUUUAUAUUUAACAAAUUUAUG